AAUGGCCGUUUUGCACCCACCUCACCCCCACCCGCAAGAUGAUCACCACUCUCAACGAACCCUAAAAUCUCAUCUUCAUUGCAAAUGUCAACAACUGCUUCGUGAAUCAUGUCCAAUUUGUUCAAGAAAGUUUGGGAAUCCGUCUCCACUCGUUCCUCCAAUUCGAGUAGACAUAGCUCCUCCUCUAAUUUGAGUUACACAGGUUCAAUUCAUCCUCACGUAUCCCUAUCCAAUUCCGAUCAGAUUAUGACGACUUCUUCCUCUUCCUCCACUGGGGAAUUUGAUCGGAUACCUAUCGAUGUCUUUAUGCAAAUCCUCAAGUUGCUCCGACCACAUGAGGUUGCUAUGCUCACCGCAGUUUGCAAAUCAUGGAAACUUAUCGUAUCUGAUAAUAGGUUAUGGGUGUACUAUCUCCAGAAUCAGCAUGUUCCCUGGGACUCUAUUUUCUUCUCAGAAGUUAAUUUGCGAUCUGGUUAUCCUCUUCGAACAUAUCCAUGUCAGAUGCAAUCAUUCAUGCAUAUCUAUGGCCAGCGAGCAAAGGUGCCUGGAGCUAUAAUCAUUGACGGUGGUUCUGGCUAUUGUAAAUUUGGUUGGAGCAAGUUUGAUUCUCCAUCUGGGCGCUCAGCAACGUUCUUGGAAUUUGGUAAUAUCGAGUCUCCAAUGUACUCAAGGCUUCGUCAUUUUUUUGCAACAAUUUAUAACAGGAUGCUAGUGAAAUCAUCCACACAGCCAAUUGUUGUCUCAAUUCCAAUCUGCCAAUACGAUGAUACUGAAGCUGCCAAAGCUGCUAGACGACAACUCAAAGAAGCCAUAUACUCAGCUCUAUUUGGCAUGAAUGUUCCUUCUGUUUGUGCAGUCAGCCAGGCAACUUUAGCCUUGUUUGCAGCACAAAGAACUUCGGGAAUUGUCGUCAAUAUUGGUUUUCAUCAAACAUCUGUCGUUCCAAUUUUACAUGGUAAGAUAAUGCGAAAAGUGGGUGUGGAAGCUGUGGGAGUUGGAGCUUUAAAACUUACUGGAUACCUUAGGGAGCAAAUGCAGCAGAGAAAUCUACAUUUUGAUUCAUUAUACACAGUGCGGUCACUGAAAGAGAAUCUCUGUUAUGUUGCUCUUGACUAUGAAGCGGAAUUAGGGAAGGAUACAGAAGCAUCAUAUGAAGUGGCAGCUGUGGGUUGGUUUACUCUUAAGCGAGAGCGGUUUCAAACAGGAGAGAUUCUAUUCCAGCCACGUAUUGCAGGAAUGCGUGCAAUGGGUUUGCAUCAGGCAGUGGGGCUUUGUGUGGACCAUUGUCAUGGUGCUGAAUUGAGUGCUGAUGAAAGUUGGUUCAAGACCAUUGUGUUGGCUGGAGGAACUGCAUGCUUACCAGGACUAGCAGAAAGAUUAGAGAAGGAAGUACGUGAUCUUCUGCCCCCAUCCAUAGCGAAUGGAAUAAGAGUUAUUCCACCCCCUUAUGGUGCAGACUCUGCAUGGUACGGGGCAAAGCUCGUCAGCAACUUGAGCAGUUUUCCAGACUCGUGGUGCAUCACAAAGAAAGAGUUUCGGUCAAAGGCUAGAAGAAACCUGAUAUGGUGAAGCUGUGAUAUGAGGGUUGAAUGAAAAAGGAAACUUAUAAGUAAAAUAAAGUGAAGUGCAACAUGAUAUGCUAGUUUUAGCCCUCUUCCCUGACUUAUGUUUUCUAGUUUGUGUUGAGAUUUUAAAGAAAUAAAACAUCGUUAGAUAGACGUUUCUGAGGAACUGGUGAACAAAAUAAUGAAGGUUCAAAAAAGCAAAAGGCAGGAGGAAGGAGGAUAAUAUGUAAUGUAAUGUAAUGUAAUGUAAUGUAAUUAAGCAGUUUGAUUACCAUAUUACCAUUACCAUUACAUCA